AUGGAUCCACACAUCCUGGCUUUUCAACAUGUGGAAGGGCGGUUAAGCAAUGUGGAGGAUACCAUCGCUCAGGUCAUGCGUGCCUUGCGCAUUCGAGAUGAGUGGCAAGUGGGAUGUGGGUCAAAGUACAUCAACCACGCCCUGUACAACCUACCGUUUAAAAUCGAGGUGUUGUCUUACCGCAAUGUCGACGGGGACUGGACAGCUCUUUGCGCUGCAGUCGAUUUUGACCUCGCACCUCGACUUUGUUUAACGACAGCGAUUCCACGUUCGGCUGCAGCGGGCCUCGUCUCCCCCGAUGCAGCGGCUGCGUUCCGUAAUGAACCCCCCUACGCGUACGAUUCGGAGAGCCCUAAGUGCUCUGAUUUUCACAUCGAGACAUGUGUCUCGGAUGAUAGUUUAUAUGCGGAGGUUUGCCAACGCUAUUUGAAAGCAGAUCUGUCUGCAGAAUUCGUCGACCUCCAUUACAGCAAAAUCAUGGAAGAAAAUACCGUCAUUAUCACUGCUCAGCAAAAGCUUCCGCUCGUCCGAUUUGUGGAAGAGACGCACCGAUUGGUUGGAAAGCUCAAUCGCAGGAUCACCAAAGCCCUUUUGGCGAAGGAGCGGGCCGCGCGCUUAUGGGGGGAGAAACCAAAUCCUUGGAAGGAAAUGGCGAUACGUAAAUGGGAUUGGUUUAGUCAUUGUCCAGAG